UCCAAAAGCUACCAAAGCUGAAGUUGCAAACCAUUUUAUUAAAUAAGGAAUCUGUCGCAAAACAGCAUAUAAUUAUACCUAUUGACACCUUACAGAAUAGUGUUUAAAAGUUACAAAAAAUUCUGGACGCCCGUCAUCGUGGACUCGAGAAAAAAAAAAAAAAACUUUGCAGGUUGACCAACAAUCAAUAAGGUUCAAGUCAAAGAAAACUCGCACGUUAAAUCAUGUCGAUUAAAAGACAAUUUGUACGCAGUUGGUCAAAAUGAACAUUAAGUACCGUAAACGUGAAAAAACACCCAAAUACAAUGAUGGACAGCGUCUAAGAGCACAAAAAAGAAGCCGAAAACUUGUAAAUCACCUCAAUAAAGAACAGAGUGUUUUAAUUUUAGACGACAAAAAAUACUUUUGAUUCGGCGGCGAUGAAAUGCCUGGACACGUCGGAUAUUACACGGAUAACAAGGACAAAUGUCCAGAUAAUGUUCGUUUUUGGGAAAAGAAAAAUUUCCGAAAAUUCUAGUUUAAAUAGUACUAUCUGAGCGCGGAAUGUUGAAACCGUUCUGUCGGUCAACAACAUCAGCUGCAAUAAAAUUAAGCAUUUUUAUCAAAAAAAUGUUUAGGAGAACGACUUAUACCAUUCAUCGAUAAGUAUCAUCAAGACCUAAAUUACAUUUUUUGAACAGAUGUAGCAAGUGCUCAUAGGUCUAAAUAGGCCAUUUCCUGGAUGGAUGAAAAUAUUAAUUUCGUGCCGGUCAAUAUGAACCCUCCUAAUGUCUCCAAAGCCCGGCUAAUCGAAGACUUUUAAGGAGUAUUGGCUUAGAAUGUGUAUGAGAAUGGAUGAACACUGUUUUUACUAAAUCGAUGCAAUGAAAUUUCCACUCUGCAAUUUUUAUAAGUUUGCUUAUUACAUAAUAUUAUUGAACUCUGUUAACGGACAAAAAAAAAACAAGAAUUUACAGCAAAGUUCAAAAGAAAAAAUACAAGAUGCAAAAAAUGUUAUUGUUGAUAAAAAACCACUUGAUAUUGCCACUAUAAUUGAUGAACCAUUUGAAAAGUCAAAAACUAUUGAGGAGAUCAACAUUGCACAUGGAAGAUUCAGUGAUAUUAAGUUUCCACCUGAUAACAGACGAAGUUAUUCAAAGUUUGUAACUUUAUGGAAAGACAGUAAUGGAAUGCCUCGGGUUCCGUAUGUUAUAAACAUUGGACCUGAUAAUACUACAACAAAUUAUACAACAGUAAUUAAGCAAUCUGUUCGUGCUAUGAAUGAGUAUAUGUCUUCUUGUGGUCGUGAUGUGUGGGUUGAAAAAGAAGAUAGUGAUAAUAGCGGAUAUAUUGAGUUCAUAACCACAUUGAAUGAUGGUUGUUGGAGUGCAUAUGUUGGAAAACAGGGACGAAUGAAACAGCAAAUUGCCAUAGGGUAUGGGUGUAAUACUAAAGGAAUAAUUCUUCAUGAAAUGCUCCAUGCUAUGGGCUUCUUACAUGAACAACAACGUUGUGAUCGUGACAGUUACAUAGAGAUUGUAAAGCCAAAUAUCAAUCAUGUUGUUGGAGGAGCAAUAAAUGCAAUGGUACAGUUUGAAUGUUACUAUUCUAUCCAACAAACACAUUAUUCAUCUCCCUAUGAUAUUUUCUCCAUUAUGCACUAUGAUUUAUGGGCUUUAUCAAAAAAACCAAAGCGCACUGCCAACACAAAAACUAUGAGAUUAAAACCAGAGUUUAUGAAUUUAACAAAAGAUAUUGAAGAACUAAUUGGUAAAACUGGUAGAAUGAGUGAUACAGACAAGCAAGAGGUUAAUGCAUUGUAUGGAUGCAUUGCACCAACAUGCAUUGUUUCUUGUAAUGGUACAAACACUUGCGCUGAACUUCCACCGACUCCGAAUGAUAAGAUGCGGGCUCAAGCAAGAAUCAUCAAAUCACUAACUUAUGUAGUUGGUGGAAAAAUGGUGGCAAACAUUAAAAAACUAGAUAAAGAGUUCCGUGUUUUUUUAAAACUUCAUCCAAACAAUUAUUCUAAAAAGUUGCACAAUGCCAUUUAUUUAGUUGUUGGUUCUAAUAAAAAAAGUCGUGGCAGAGAGGUUUUAGGAGUAUGGUUUUCAGAUGCUGGUGAUGGCAGAAUGAAUAUUACUGUGCCAACAACAACAAAGUAUUUUAUUAGUGAUCCUCAACCAACAAGUGCAUAUUGUACAAUAGAUAUUCUUCAACAAAAUGAAAAAAAUAAAUACAUUUAUACUAUUAAAAUCAAUGCAGAAACUGUUUACUCUAAACAGAAUCUAAAGCCUGAAAGCUUUGACAAUGUUCAGGUAUAUGCUUCAAACCCUUGGGACUUGGUACAAGACACAUACAUAGAGGGCAUGUUUAUAAUCAAUGGAAAGAAAGAUCAACCAAGCAUGAUUGAUCUAGUCAUUAAUCCAACAGAUAGUGUUGCUCAACUUUCAGUGAAAGAACUCUGUGAAAAUGAGGUGAUUGCAACAAUGAGCGUUUUAAAAAAAGAAUACUCUGUAUCUUUUAAACUGAAAUCUUAUUCUUAUUCUAAAGGAUGGGAAAAUGUUCUUCAUAUAACCAAGGGUCAGAAUUAUGGUGAAUGUGGUGACAGAAAUCCAGCAGUGUUUUUUCAUAAAGAUGGUUCUGGGCGACUUGUAUUUUUCUCGGCUAUAAAUGGCAAUAUUAACUCAGAGUUUGAAACAAAAAAUCCACUUCCACUUAAUGUAUGGUCAAAUAUUAAAAUAGAGCAAACUUUGAAAAAUAGUGCUUAUGUUUAUGCUAUUUAUAUCAAUGGUUCCAUUCAAUAUGAAAUUGAAAAUAAAGAUCCGAGGCAAUUUAAAGAUGUGAAAGUAUAUAUUUCAGAUCCGUGGUAUACUGCACAUGAUGGUGAUAUUAAAGAGCUAUUUGUUGUGAAUGGAGAUACAAACAAUACCUCUGAUGUAACUCAACCUCAAGACAAAUUUGAAGAUGCCAGUGAACAAAAAUUGCAAGAAAAUAAUUUGGUUGCAACAAUGAACUUCUUGAGUACAUUCACCGUUUCAUUUCAGAUAAAUCCAACUUCUUAUUCGAUAGGAAAGCAUAGUGUUUUCCAUUUUAUGCAAGAUAAAUUUUCAACUCAAUUGGCUAAUAAAAAUAUUGCAGCUUGGUUUCAUGAGGAUGGAUCUGGAAGACUAGUUAUUGUAGCAGGCUUUUCUAAUAACGAAAAAAAACUAACUGAGUUCAUAACCAAAGAUUCUCUCCCUUUAAACAAUUGGUCGUCUAUUAAAUUAACUCGAACAAAAGCUUCAUCUAAGAAUAAAACUAAUUUUAACAUCUAUCUCAAUGAAAAACGUGUUUCCAAUGUUGAAAAAGAAGCAGAAACUUUUGAAUUUGUUAGAGUUUAUUUUGGUGAUCCAUGGAACAGUGUUCAAAACGGCUACAUUAAAGAUUUGAAAAUAUAUAAUAACUAAUAUCUUUUCAAAAAUUUUCAAAGUUUCUCAACAUUGUUGAAGCUAAUGAAACAUCAACUUUGCUGUUGUCACUCACAAAACAAUUUUCUAAUAAAUUGUGUAAACUAUACUAGUAAAACACGUUAUCAUCUGUUAAUGUAAUUUUUCAUAUUCUUUUGUAUAUAAAUUACAUUAUAUAAAUAAAUAUAUUAUAUAUAAAAAUUCAAUAUUCAAAUAAUAAAUAA